AUGGCUGUAGCUAUUGCUAAUAACAACUUACCGAUUCGUGAAGAUUUUCGAUGUGCUAUUUGUCGCCAAAAACAUGUUUUUCGUUGUGAACACGAUACAAAAUAUCGAGAUCAAAUUUUAGGAACAUAUGAUUCGUACAUGAGCUUCGGUAAUGCUACAACCCCUCGUGGCUCCUCUCAGACCGGUGGACGUCAGAAACAAACGGAAAAUAAUAGCGCUUCGUCCAAGAAUCCAUCAACAAACACACCAACAUUAUCUCCAUCGAAAGGAAAAGGUUUAGAAAAUCCAAAAGAAAAAGGUUUAGAAAACCAAAAAGGAAAAGGUUUAGAAAACCCAAAAGGAAAAGGUUUAGAAAACCCAAAAGGAAAAGGUUUAGAAAACCCAAAAGGAAAAGGUUUAGAAAACCCAAAAGGAAAAGGUUUAGAAAACCCAAAAGGAAAAGGUUUAGAAAACCCAAAAGGA